AUGGCGUCAAGGAAGACCGACAACCCUCAAUACGGAGACGGCGCCAGUCCCGGGAAAAUCUUCAUCGGAGGGUUAGCCAAAGAAACAACCAUAGACACGUUUGUGAAGUACUUCGAAAGGUAUGGAGAGAUAACGGAUUCCGUUAUCAUGAAGGAUCGACAUACCGGUCGACCUCGAGGGUUUGGGUUCAUUACAUAUGCGGAUCCUUCCGUUGUUGAUCAAGUUAUUCAGGAGAAUCACAUCAUCGAUGAUAAGCAGGUUGAAAUUAAGAGGACCAUUCCAAAGGGUGCAUCACAUACUAGUGACUUCAAAACUAAGAAGAUUUUUGUAGGUGGUAUUCCAGCUGCAGUAACUGAAGAUGAGCUCAAGAACUUCUUUUCUAAGCAUGGAAAUGUUGUGGAGCAUGAGAUAAUACGUGACCAUGCCACUAAAAGAUCUCGUGGAUUUGGUUUUGUAGUCUUUGAUAAUGACAAGGUUGUUGAUACUUUGUUAGCUGAUGGGAACAUGAUUGAUAUGGACGGUACUCAGGUUGAGAUCAAGAAGGCUGAACCAAAGAAAUCCUCAAGUUCAGCUUCUUUUCCUCCAUUUGGUAGCGACUCUAGGUCACGGUCUUACAAUGAGGGUUUUGGUGGAUUUGGUGAUUCUUAUGGAGGUUUUCCCAGUGGAGGUUAUGCCCCUGCAUCUUAUAGGUCACUUGGAGGUUACACUGCUAGGCUUAGCGAUUAUGGUGGGUACGGAGGUGGAGAUGACUUCAGUGGUGGUUUUGGAGGUUAUGGGGGCAGUGGUGGUGCUGGUGGUUAUGCGGGCUAUAGAGGAGAAUCAUCAUUUGGCUACUCUGGCCGCUAUGGAUCGUACAUGGGUGGCCUUGGUGGUGGAUAUGGUGGUAGUGGGUUAGCCCCAUAUGGGAGAGGUGGCACGGGCUAUGGAAAUUAUGGUGGUUCAGGCACAGGUGGAGGUUAUGAAACUGGCCCUGGUGCAGGUUUUGGUGGAACAGGAGGACUCUAUUCUAGUAGGGGAGGAUAUGGGGGCGGUAGUCGUUACCAUCCUUACACAAGAUAG